AGCCUCCAACCAUCUUCUGAAAAAUCAAAAGUCUUCACUUCUCUGUCUCACGCUUAACCAUUCCUUCGCUGCCUCUUUCUCUCUGCCCUGCCCUGCCCUGCCCUGCCCUGUAAGCAGCCAGGCCGGAAUCAACUUCGAUGUAUAGAAGUCGGAACUCUAGCACCGGGGGAAGGUUCACGCCGGAGAGGUAUUCCAACUCCUUUCCCUCCCCGACCUCCUCCUCCUACUACUCUGAGAGCUCUGCUACUCCCAGCCGCAAAUCCACUUCCGUCGUCCGUUCCGCUGCACGAUCCGUCGCUGGGGCCUUCAUCCACUGCUUCACUCCCCCAACUGUCUCCUCUUCUUCUCCCUCCUCUCAUCACUUCAAGCCUUCUGGUUUAUCGGAUACAUCGGAAAGUAGGCAUACUGCACAAAGACGAGGAAUUUAUUCUAGUUCAUACAAUUCUACCCAUGAAAGAGAAUCUGGGGGUAUACAAUUCACCAUGGGGGAUAUCCACAAGGCCACAAGGAACUUUUCGCCCACAUGCAAGAUCGGGCAAGGUGGUUUCGGGACUGUCUAUAAGGGAAGACUUGAUGAUGGAACUGUUGUUGCCAUCAAAAGAGCUAAGAAGACCAUAUAUGACAAGCAUUUGGGCGUGGAAUUCCUAAGUGAAGUACUCACAUUGUCACAGGUAGAGCAUUUGAACUUAGUCAAAUUCUAUGGUUUUUUACAGCAAGAAGAUGAAAGAAUUAUUGUUGCCGAGUAUGUACCCAAUGGAACCCUCAGAGAACACUUAGAUUGUAUACAUGGCACCGUUCUUGACCUUGGAGCACGACUGGAUAUUGCAAUUGAUGUGGCACAUGCAAUCACCUAUCUCCAUAUGUAUACAGAUCACCCUAUCAUUCACAGGGAUAUAAAGUCUUCCAACAUCCUCUUAACUGAAAAUUUUCGAGCCAAGGUUGCUGACUUUGGUUUUGCUAGAAUGGCUGCUGACAGUGAGUCUGAUGCCACCCAUAUAUCCACCCAAGUUAAAGGAACUGCUGGCUACUUGGACCCAGAAUAUCUGAGGACCUACCAACUUACUGAGAAGAGUGAUGUUUAUUCAUUCGGUGUGUUACUCGUUGAACUGGUUACAGGUAGACGUCCCAUUGAAGCAAAACGAGAACUCAAUGAGAGGAUAACGGCAAAAUGGGCGUUGAAGAAGUUCACUGAUGAUAAUGCUAUUUCAACCUUGGACCCAAAGCUGGAAGAGUCUGCUGGUAAUAGAUUAGCCAUUGAAAAGAUUUAUGAACUCUCUUGGCGAUGUUUGGCUCCACGCAGACAAACCAGACCAAGCAUGAGGAAGUGUGCCGAGAUCCUAUGGAGCAUCCGCAAGGACUACAGGGAGCAAUUAGCUUUAGACAUCCGAUCACUAUCAUCUCAUUCUAUGAAAAGCAGUUGAGUGAGAGGAAACUAGUGGCAGGGUGGCUGAACACGAGGAUUUAGAAGUUAUAAACUGGUAUAGUUAUGCUUGCAUCAUUUGCCGAAAAUAUAACUAGGAAGAAAAGAAUGGUUGCUAGUUUUCAUAAAAAAUUAUAGAGAGAAUUCAAGAGGGAAUAAUGGUGGAGUUGGCUCUGAAAAUGGAUGUGAAGAGAUUGGUUUGAAGAGGAGUUGUUGGAAGAGUAUAUUGAAAUUCUGUUCACCUUGGCUCAUUUAUAGCAAAACAAAAUUGUUGUGCAGAUAGCUGAUGAAGUGCCUUCCAAUUUCUUCUUUGUAUACUUGUUUAGUUGUCCGAGAUUUGAGAAAUUUAAUUGGGAACCUUUAUUAUCGGAAAUUGUUUAGGUAUAUGAAAUAGCUUAGGGGCCCCUUUUAAAGCAGUAGUUCUUGUAAUUCAGAUAUAGAUAAUUAAGACUUUUGAUUGAAGAUGUAAGGAACUUUUUACAGUUCUAUUUUCUUUGGUUUCUUCCAUUUGGAUCUUAGAAGUUGUAAUUGGGUGAUCAAUGAUUUAGUGAGGAAAGCUUCACAGGUGUUACGGAAGACAA